CACCUCAGUCUGCUGAGGGUUAAUGACACACACCUGGGGACACUCUGAUUGGCUGCAGGUCACUGAUCACUCUGAUUGGCUCCACCUGCUGCAGCAGCUCACAUAAACCCUCAGACCUGAAACACACUGCUGCAGACCAGGUGAGAUACCCACAGCUCCUCCUCGUCUUCAUCAUGUCAGCAUUUAAAUCCAGCUCAUCUCUGCGGUCUCUGGUUCUGACUCCUCAGCAGACCCCGACCUUCCUCAUCCCCUCCCGCAGUCCGCUCCUCUUCCUCUCCCCACGGCUCCAGCGGACAUCCCCGGACCGGACCGGACUGCUGUCUGACCAGGAUGACGACAGUCCAGGAGCUGAGCCCCCACUCAGCCCUGUGGCGUCACCCCGCUUCCUGCUCCGCCUGCCACGGGUCAGAUCUCCCCGCCAUGCCAUCUCCACUGCGUCUGCAGAGGACGCAGACACAGACCUGACUACGCGUGCAGCCAUGUCACUGCCGCAUGUCAGGAAGGUGACCACGCCCUACGGCUUCCGCGCUGUCCUGGCAACGAGCCCAUGCACCCGCCGGCGGGAGUCGCUGUUUCACCGGAACAACCCGGUGAUGGUGAUGGUCACUGACACUGACCCCCAGGACCUGGCGGACCCCCCUCCUCCUCCUGCACAUCCCGGCAGGUCCCCGGUGCGUUCGCGGCCCAUCAGAGCGCUCGGUCUGCAGGUGAUUAAGGAGCUGAAGAGACCUGCAGCCGCCCUGAAGGCUCUGAGUCCCGCCACCAGGAGGACACGCCCUCUUUAAUGUCACAUGGUCUCUUUAUUUGUACAUUUUAUAACUUAAUGUUUCAAUAAAACUCUUUUAAAGACCAGUUUCCGUGGUAACUGAACAACUUCAAAAC